AUCUCCGGGAAUUGACUUGUCAAAAGCGCGUGCAGUGCACAUCAUCUUUACUGUUGUUUGUUCACGCUAAAAGACCAUGAAGGUGAAGUCAUCAUCUUCGUCUCCUUCGCUCCCACUCGGCUCAAAGACUCACUCUUUCGGCUGUAUCUCUCUCAUUCUUGAUAGAUUUCUCUGUUCCGGCUCCUCUUCUACCUGCCCAUAUGGUCGAAUCACUGAACCCUGUUUCGAGUCUCGUGAUUUCGUCUCUGAACCACUCAGAGUCAGAGGAGAUGAGCCGGGAGCUGUGGCGAGGCUCAUGGGUUUGGACUCGAUUCCAGUUACUGAUAGAGCCAGAGUCGUCUCAAGGAGCCGUUCAGUGAACUCUGCUGGUUAUAUGAAGAGGGACGAUGAUACGGUUCAGGGGAAGCAUAGAAGAGUUAAGUCCACUCUUGAUUCGUACCAGUUUCCUGAGUAUGUUGAGCUUGAAGAUGAUAAGUUCUUCAUUCUCAGCUUCGAGAAGGAUAAAACUGAGAAGAAGGGUUUUGGAGAAUUGAAGCAGCCGGAAGAAAGAAAAUGUAAGAAGAGACGAGAAACCAGAGAGAAUCAAACACACAUAGAGGGUAAAGAGAACAACAUCAAUGCAAUGAACGUUUCUCCAGGACGCCAUAGGUUUGAGAUUGGAGAAUUGAAUCAGCCUAGAAAGGAGAAACGUAAGAACAGAAGAAAAAGGAGAGCAAUUGAGUUGAGACAGAACAUCGAGACGGUGAAUUGCAUUAAGAGCAAUGAUUGUUGGUCUAGAGGUGGAGAUUCAGUCAGUUGUGAUGUGAGAUCAACAAAGGAAGAAGAAGACUGCAGAAGCUGCAAUGAUUCGAGCCCUGUCUCGGUUCUUGACUACGACUGGUUGGCUGGUGUUCGAGUAACUCCAUCAUCAGAGAAAACUUCGAGAAGACAAUUAUGUUCAGAACUCGAAUCCAGUAAGCAUAACGAAACGAUUCAAGAAGAUUACAUGACAUUGACCAGUAGAUCAAGAGAGUCGAAAGUCCGAGGUCAUAGCUACCAAGAAAUGUGGCUCAUGAUUUGCAAACUCACUGUAUCUGACCUUGACCAUUCGAAUUGGGGUUACGGAAAAGCUUCAAAUUUCGAAGUUUUGGAAGGAAUCAUAAGCGAAGAUAUCUUAGAUCAACUCUUGGUAGAAAUAAUUACAACACUUUCCCUAACUUCUCAAGUGUAAAAACAAUUAUG